AUGUUAAGGACCAGGCAUUUUCUUGUCGCGUUUACAAAGUGCCGCGAUCAAAAAUCUAGCUCCCUCUUUUCAUCCUCUUGGUACAUCAUUCGCAGGAGUUUUUCAAGGGAAGAUACAAACAUGUCUGGAAAAUCGUUACCGAAAUGGAUUCAGCCAGAAGGGACAGGAGAACUGAAGCUUUAUAACAGUCUUACCCGUGAAAAGGUUAGAAUUUUUUUAUUUCAUCUAUUUUUUCCUUCUCUAGUGUGGUCUGAUGCAAUAUUUGCUAGCUGGCUUAGUUCAUUGCAUGGGUCAACCAAUCACGCUUAUAUACGUUUCCACACCAACUCCGAUGUCUGUGUUGUCUUACAAAGGAAAAUACUAUAACGCAUAAAUUAUAUCACAAUUUUUUUUAAUUUUUUUAAAUAUAAAUCUUUUUAAGGUCUAUCAAUAAUUUACAAAACUAUAUUUUGUUCCCCUACACAUUUUUACACGUUUUUUUAAGCUUAAUGUAAGCUUUAUGGGCCCUUUGCACGAAACGUAACAUGGUGCAGGACAAACAUUAUGUAGUGGGACCUUAAAAACCUUCUCUAGCCUUUAUUCAUGAAUAAUUAGGGCUAGAAGACAAAGGAAAUUGAGAAUCAACCUAGGUUAAAAAAAUUUCGCCUAAAUAAAAUUUUGACCUGUAACACAUGUCCUGCUUAGGCUAUGUUCACUCUGUAGCCAUUUAAGCCCUAAAAUCCACAUAUAAAUUCUCCAUACUGAUCUUCAUACAUUUCUUUAAAAAAUUAGUUGAGAGAGUUUGAUAACAGAUCAAAGCAUUUUCUCUUUAGUGAUCAUUUUGUUAACUCUCAUAACCAUUGCUCUUGGCAACAUAUGGAUAUUGUUAGGAGAAAAUUGAUGUUGGUCACUAUUCAGACUUGAAGGGAUAACAGACACAUAAGGACAGUGAUUUUGGUGCAGAGCAAAGCUGCGUCGAAGUGUGCGUCUCUCUCUGCGUCAAUAUCAGAUGGGUGUUUAUACUAUACCUUAUAGCUUUCAGCAGUAAAGUGUGAACAUAGCCUUAUAAGGGAAUUUUUAAUAAUAUAACAAAUCCUCACUGAAUUAGAAGCUUGCAGAUGCAUACAAUUAACAAUUAUUCCUCGAGCCCGAAUGGUUCGGCAGAAAGGGCUAUUGACUCAGAGGCCAUGAGGGCGAGAGGAAUAUUUUUGUUUUAGUAAAAUCCAUCUAGUUGGUAAAAAAAUAUCGAGACAAAACAACUUUAGCUAGAUAAAGCUAGACUUUAAUCCUUUUUUGCCGCCAAAAAGCUGGGCUAUAACAUAUAGCCUAGUAGUAGCUCAACAAAUCAGAACACAGCAUUGAUGAUAGACCACUAGUUGGAUUUUACUAAAGGGGCAUAGCCAGCUUUUGGACUAGUUGUAGGCCUGGCUGACUUUCAUUUCCACAUAUCCUGAAAAUUGCAUGCAUGACUAGUACACACUGACCUCACCAACACUUUGAGCUCUUAAGCUUUUUAGCUCACCCCAACAACUCAUGAUUUAUUACAAGCAGUAGAAUGAUCAAACCAAAAAUUUGUAGGUCUGGUCUACAGGUCUAUAGGCUGGCUAUGCCCCUGCCUUUACUCACUUUCCACUCAUACACUCACUCUGUCUCUUUUCUGAAGAUGAUGGAUGUAAAGAACCUGCAGUACUGCCUAUUUUUGUAAAAUUAAAAGUUAAUAUUCAAAUAUAUAUUCUUACUGAUGAGAGGAAUUUUUUCCUUGUACAUUAGAAUGUCUUUGUACCUCAAAAUGGCAGAAGGGUAUUUUGGUACAGUUGUGGGCCCACAGUUUAUGAUGCAUCCCACAUGGGGCAUGCAAGGUAAAGUGAAUUUAUAAACAAGACAUUGUCAUGUACAUAUAUAAUGAGCUGACGUUUCAAUUGCAUUUUUUACUAGCCCAGUUUCAAAUUCAUUGCAACCACUGAAUAAUUAUAAAAGACUCAUUUAUACAUGGUUAACCUCAACCCAAGCUAAAUGUUCACAAAUUCUAGUCAGAAGAAGACCUGUGCACAACUGUGUCUAAAUUGUUUUGAGCUGAAAUUCAGGCAUCUUUGGCAGGGUUUUGUGAAUUUUACUUUAGGUCGAGGCUAACCCUGUAUAAAUUCUGAGUCUUCAGUGCUUCCAUUCAGCUACCACAACGAAUUCAAAACUGGACUAUUGGAGAAAUUCUUAGUACUCUCUUAUUGGUUGAGAACUUUUUCUUUCAACUGUUCACUGUAGACAAUGAAGUGGUGCACUGUUGGCAAUUUUAUUGUUUGUUCUUCACUUGCUUCAAAAAUAGUUGCAUUUUUUUAACUUUCAAUUUACCCCAGUGUAGUUUCAGCCUCAAGUUUUGAAUAUUUUCCAGCACUCUAUCUGUUAUCUAUAAGCCUAGAAUUAAUGCAGCAAGAUUGGAAAUUAUAGCUGAUUUGUUAAUCAUUUAGUGAAGGUUAUUGGUGAUUAGCAGAGUGUGCAAGAGUGCGUGUCUUAAUUAGCUUUCAGCAUUUUUGUUUUGAGAUUUAUACCACAACCUAAUGGUUUGACUGUUUUUCCCCUUGUCAUUACAGGUCAUACAUUACCUUUGAUAUUUUACGAAGAGUGCUUCAGUCAUAUUUUAACUAUGACGUGUUUUAUGUGAUGAAUAUCACAGACAUUGAUGACAAGGUAUGUAACUUUCAGAUUUAAUUGUAAUUUUUUGGCAAGAAGGCCUUCAAAUGUCAUGAUAUCAAUGCUGAACUCAUGGGCCUGUGGUUAAGAAUUUGAACUCAAGACUUCUGUGAAACAAGAUUUCUGAGUGGUGGUCGAGGGCGGGGCUUGAACUGGGUAGCAACAAGUCCAGUGCUUGAACUGUUCAACCAUACUGCUGUAUCACAGAACAUUUUGAUCAUAAAAGAUCUGUUCUGUUGGCCUUAGUCCGAGCACAAACCUUUCAUUCUGAACAGCUAUGAAAAAAUAAGAUUCAGGAUGAUGUUUCAAAAUUAACUUAAGAUAAUGCCAUGCAAAAGCACUUGUAAACAUUGAAAUUGUUACACCCUUGGAUCUCAUUCACAUAGCAUGACAGUCGACUCUCUCUUAAUGUACAUCUCAUAAGAUAGAGGCUUUGUUAAAAGGAAUUUAAAAGCUGGUCCCCAGGGUUCUCAUUAAGUGCCGGCAGCUGGCUGGCUGGUUGUGAAAGCCUGAAAUUGCCUACGGCACUCAGUUACCAAGCCACCUACUUUUAUAUCCCAGCUGUCUACUUUAAAAAUUAAUGAGAACCCUGGGUCCCUGCCUUUCUUUACUCCCUUUAUUUGACUCUCUAUACGACAGACAUCUCUUCAAGACAGACAUUUAUUGGUAGUCCCAAAUGUGUCUGUGAAUGGACUGUUCUUGACAGUUAGAACCACAUGUGGAAGUGAAUGUAGGUGUUGACUAGGUCACUGGAAAAUUUUUUAACUUAAGUGUAGGUUGAUCCUAAAUUUCUUCCAUCUCCUAUACCCCUAUACUAGUUAUUCUAGCCUCUGUACAGAUGCCCCCUCUCCCCGAUUUUUUCUGAGGGGAGGGAGGCAAUUGUACACAGCCUAUAGUUAUUCACAAAUUAGGGCUUGGGGACAAAGGAAAUCAAGAAUCAAUUUAUACAGUGACAGUGACUGUUAUUAAAAAAAUUUUAGCCUGCCAUUAAUUUUGACUUAUAACAUAUCCUUUGGUAUUUCUCUGAUGUCCAGUGUUUGAUCGUAAAUUUUUCAGAUUAUUUUUAGGGCCAGGAGAAAUCACUUGUUAGAGAAAUACAUUGAGGAGAGCAACACUCCUGAGAAAAUUAUUGAAGAUGUUAAUACUGCUCUUGAGGUAUUACAUAUGCACAAAACAAAUCAGUAAUAAACUGUAAUUUCUCUAUUAAUCCCCACUUUUUAGGGGAAGAAAGCUAUUAAUCAAGCCAUCCCCAUCUCUUUUAAGCCCCCUUCUCCCCUCCUUAUUCUUAACUGAUAAACUUUAGAAUCAAUGCUAAUAACAAUAAUAAAUUAUUGUAAGACUUCUUAUAGACAGAUCUGGUAUGGUUUAUUCGUGUGCUGGAAGUUUGGAUUAUUCUAUCUUUGGCUGUUUAACCUCCAACUUCAUGUACCUGAGUUUUUCCCCCUUAUGUUCUAGUUCUUCAUGGGGAAUCAAUAUUGUUGUCUUUGCUGAAAUGAGCUGAAUUUUCCACAUUCUGAAGUUCUGUACAUUCCAUCUGUAAAAUGAUGAGACAAUAGCUGCAGUCUCAAUCAGUCCAAAGAAGGAGCAUUCCAUAACGUUAGAGUUAAAGCCAUUUUAACCUGAAUUUCAUAACAAAUUUACAACAUACAUAACAUAUUAAUCUGCUUUUUAAAUGUGUAUUACCAUUUUCUUAUUUCAUGAACUCUACUGAUUUUUUCUUUCAGCCAUACUCAGAAAAAAUGAAGAAAACUACAGAUGAAGAUAAGAAAAAUAUGUACCUUAGAAUUAUUGUAAGUCAUGCAUUUUAUUGUUAAUGCAAUGGUGUCAUGCUACAAACCUAUAAAUUCAACUUCUUUAAUACACAGAAAACUCAUUAUAUAUAGAGAGGAAUUACACAGGGGCGCGAAGGUAUGAAUUUUAUUUUCGAGUGGCAAAAUAUUGUUUUUGCCACGAGAAAAUAAAAUUCAUAUCUUCAAGCCGCCGUGUAAUGUUCUUUUUAUUAUAUAGACAAAAAGACAUCGAUAAAAUAAUAGAGGGAAAUUACAGAAAUUACAUCAUCGAUAAACUCACGUGUGAGAUUAUGGAAAAUAAACCACUUGGGUCCCGGAUGUAGUUUUUAUGAAUUUUACAAGUGGUAUAUUUUCCAGUAAAACACUCGUGUCUAUAUAAUAAAAUGUCCUAUUCGGUUUUUUGGUAAUAUUCAUGGAUAUUUAAUACAAGUUGCAAGUUAUUCUUUUCCAAAUUGAGCAGUGAGUAAAAUGUGCAAGACAAGUGUAAUAUCUACCAAAACAUGGUAGAAAAAUUACAUUUAUUUUUAUUUUUCCUUCAGGAAAAGGCGAAAUCUUCAAUUUCAAAGUUAAAAGAUUUACAUUUAUCAAGUAACUCUGAAGGUGUAAAGGAAGCAACUGGGGUAUGAAAAGUUGCUCAUAUAGUACUUAAUAAUAAUGUUAUUAUUAAAUUACUCGCUCUUAGCUUUUUAAACAGUUAUAUAUGAACAAACUCAAUGAAAUCUUGAAACAUGUUGAUGCUUAGGGGUGUUUUAAUGCAUACAAUAGAUGCACUGGUCAGAGUUUUCAGGGGUUUGAUACUACACUCAUGCAGCCUUCUCACCACAAAACUACUCUAAUUUGUAACAUAUGUAGGGAUGUAGCUAGGGAAAAGCUAAGCAGGCUUUUUUAUUGGUCAAGCCGGUUUUUUUUACUCAAAUGCACCUACAAGGUUUCCCAUGUCUUUGUUUUCCAGUGAGAGCAAUUUGAGCCGGUGGUAGGCUCUUUUUUCAGCCGCUGAAAUUAGCUGGCAGCCGGCUCCUAGUGACAUCCCUGCUUCUGUCAUAUCCAAUAUUGGUUGUUGCCAUAUUAGAAAAAAAAUUAUAACAAUUUUAAUAGUGCAUUCAAUUUUGAUUAACAGGAGUUAUUAAAGGAAGCAAGUGAUCCCUUAUCGGCAUGGUUGGACUCCCAGGUAACAGAAGAAACUCACAAUUUAGCUGUUGAAAUUUCUGUCACGGUGAAAAAUUCAGAUGUGACCCUUACAUCCUCUAAAUUAUUGUGCUCAGUAACAGCAGGAACAGGUGGUGGGUGGGAGAGGGAGGGGUUAUUGGCUGCCUGUGCAUGGUCCCCUUUCUUCUUACUCCAGUUCAACUUAAUUAAUUCGUUGUUUCAAAUUUUCACGUCAAUAAUAGUCUAAAAUAGCAAAACUGUACCAUUAUUUUUGAAAUUCAAAUUGAAGCGAAAAACCUUGUAGGUUGACAAAAAUAGCUCCUUUAACUCACAUCUAAGCUACAAUAAUUUUUAUUUCUGAAGUGCAGCCACCGGACUAUUCAAAGUCCUGAAUCCAACCCUCCACCCAUCCCCUCCCACUGCUUGAUUAUCUUUCUAUAAAAGAAAGAGACUCAACAAUAUGCAAACUUUCCUUUCUUUAGUUUAAGAGCUUUCUUAAACUCCAGUCACUGAAUAAAAUUCAAAGUUAAUGGAAAUUUUUAAACAACAUGUUAGAAAUAUAACUUAAAUGGCAUGUAGUAUGUAAGAGCUUGUGAUUUCUUUUUAUUUCAGUUUGGCUCAAAUGUGACAGACCACAAAAUAUUUGCAAAACUGACCCAGCACUGGGAGAAAGAAUUCCAUGAAGACAUGAAAGCACUAAAUGUAGGUGCAUGGUAAUCUACUUUGCCUUAUUCUUUAUCAUUGUUUGCCGUAUUCAUUAUCAUAUGCUGUCUUGUGUAGCAUAUCCUUAAUGACUCCCCUGUAUCAGUAUGGGCUCUAGCUUGCCUUUGACCUUUGAGUUUAAUCAAGCAUUUUUCUCCAGAUUCUUCCUGUAGAUUGUUUAACACGAAUCACACAGUACGUCCCUGAAGUUGUCACUUUCAUCCAGAGAGUGGUUGACAAUGGUUAUGCGUAAGUAAUUCUUGCUAUCAUUAGGAAGCAAUCUCUUCACCCACUGACCCUGGGGGUGGAGAAUAUUUCAUUUAAAAGAGAUGGGGGGCUUAUUAACUUUUUUCUAUGAAAAGGGGAGGCUUACUAGAGAGAGGGGGCUUACCAUAAUAGAGGAUUUACAGUAUUUGGUUUGGAUGAAUAAGGGGGAGGGGAGGGGGGCUUAAAGGAGAGAGAGGGCUUAAGAGAGGAUUUGCAGUAUUUGCUUGUGAAACUAAAGAAGAGCUUGACAUUAUUUCAAGAGUCUCUCUGAAUCUUUAGACCCAGUCAGUUAUUAUUGCCUAAUGUUGUUUCUACUCAUGCAAAUUCUUGCCUCAGGUACGACUCUAAUGGAUCUGUAUAUUUUGACACCAUCAAGUUUGCAUCAAGUGGUAAACAUGCUUAUGCCAGAUUAGUCCCUGAGGCAGUGGGUGACCUGGAUGCUCUUGCAGAGGGAGAGGGUAAUGCCAAAUAGUUAUUACUAUCUACUGUAUUAGAAGUGCACUGUUUCUAGUUAUAGUUUCCAAGAAUGAUAAAAUAAUUUAGUUUUCACCUUUUUUAUCCAUGAAAUUGAAAUUUGGGAAAACUGGAAAAAAAUCAGUCAGGUCUCUCUAUGACUGUCAAUGUUGGGACUGGUGCUUAAGUGUCCUUCUGAUAGGGUAAUAGGGUUUUAACACUUGUAGAAUGGGAGGAACCAGCUCUAGGUGUCCAUUUAAGGGAAGUGUCUGUCUUAUACGGUGGAAUCUCUAUUCAGGGGACACCCUCGGGACCAAGGCAAGAGUCCCGUGAAUGGAGGAAGUUAGGCUGGGGUUUGUUAUAAUUAUUAAGCAACCACUAAAAUAUUUUAUUAGAGCCAAAAAAAGGCAGCUGCUCUCGCAGGCUACAGAAACUGCUGCAGUCAUUAUUUCAAGCAGCUAGAUAAUGUAUAAAAAAUCAUGAUUAACUUAUCCCUGUGAUGUUGUGUGUUGAAUUCCCACAAGUGCAGUGUGAUUUAAGUGAGUUAAUUCAUGUUUUGAAAGCUGUCGGCCAUGAUGAAAAGUGAAAACUUAAACUUUUGGUCAGUCACUUUUUUAUUACUCAGUCAUCUUUGUCUCUCCUGGCUGAUGAAAUGUCAUUCUAAACCUGAAAAGAUGUUUACAAAGAGGAUAAUCACAGCCUGGAUUCAAAAGUUAAUUCUUGUUUUAAUUCAUUUUCCCACUAGGAGAACUUAGUCAAAAUCCAGGGGAUAAAAAAUCUGAUCGUGACUUUGCUUUGUGGAAAGCCAGCAAACCAGGAGAACCAGCCUGGGAUUCUCCUUGGGGAAAGGUAUCUAGCUCAGUUAGCUUAUAAAGUUCAAUUAAAUAAAGUAGCUUUGAUCGAUGGGAAAGUGUUGAAUUUUAAAAUUUAUUUGUUUCUGAUAACCAUCUUGAUAUUACAAUAUUAUCCUAGCCUGGGUCACAGAUGUAAUCUGUAACUCCGGUUAUUUAGCCUGUGGAACACUGGUCCUUUUUUUUCGCGUUUUUCAAAGGAAUGAAGCAUAAAGCGAGCGUUAAGCACGAGACACCCUCGAUAGGGGAAGGAACACGGCGCGUCUCGCGCUCCUUGCUCGCUUCGCGCUUGCCUUCGCUCGCUUGAAAGACAAGAGAAACAAUGCUUGUUCUUAAUACCUCUAGAUCGAGCCUAAGAAACACACGGAAAUUUAGGCCCGUUUUCAAGACGAACAAAUACCGUAAUAGUUUUAUUACGUCCAACGCCCUCAAAGCUUAAACUGUGUUCUCGAUCUAUAGUUUUAGAAAUUUCGAUUGCUUUUGAUGUCGAUGUCGAUUUUUUAUUUUUUUAUUUUUAACAAAUCACAUUUUUACUGUAGUGUAUUUAUGUAUUGUUUCUAUUAUUCGUUUCUUUCAUUUCUAUUCAUAAAUUAUUUUAUUAGUGGUAGCAUUUUUAAGUAAUCAUAAUUAUUUGUAAAUAAUCGCCUAAUUCAACCUCCCGGUUGCGGUGUGAUUAUAAAUGAACUAUCUAUCUAUCUACGGUUAUCAACCAGAAGUUUAGUUUAGAAGUUUAGUUUGACAACAAGAACAGCUUGCCAUUGACAUCUUCUCAGUCACCUUGAGGCAGUGUGCAAUUUAACUCAGCUCUCCUCCAUGCAUGCUCUUUCCAUUAUACCUGCUUUGAAGGCUAGCAUUCGGCGGCACGGUCUUUUAGCUUUCACUUAGAGCGGCUGCCAGUGGCGCCUUUGUAUGCUGACGUCCUAGCUUACUGUUCACAUGUUAAAAUGUAUUGUAAGAGGGCACGUCCGUUGUCCUCUCAUCCACGACUCUCUCUCUUCUUGCUCAGCUUGUUUAAAAGACUAGCUUUUUGUCAUUUUGUAUCCAACAUAUCCAACUAAUUUGUUAGGACAACCACGUUAUAAGUCGACCCCAGAAGCUAAAACGUGGGAUAUAAGAAUUGUGGCAGGGGCACCCAACGAAAAUAUAGUUCAAAACCACUUAAACAUAGCAUUGUUAAACGUAUUUUAGUAUUUAAACGGUAAAUAUAUAUUAGGUAUUUUUAUCCCUAAAAAUUUUUCAUCUGUUCGGAUUUACUAGCUGAAAGUCUAGUGAUCCGAAAAUUAUAGGGAUCAAAACUUACCUUUUCGAAAAUUUCAGCCAGAAAAAAGGCCCCCGAAAAUUCUAGGUGACCUUUUUAGGGUAAAAAUAGGUUAAAAAUAGGCAGUUAUACAAUUUUUUAGAUGUUCGAAAAUCCUAGGAGAGGCAGGCAAGCAAGAAAUUUUAAAACAAAUGUUCCGAAAAUUCUAGAUCUCAAAUCGUCUUCCGAACAGAUAUUUUCCGAAAAUAGUCGUUGGGUGCCCCUGUUGUGGUCGUUUCGCCCGAAAGUCGAUUCGCCCGAAGGCGUUCGUAGGACUUUAGUCGAUUCGCCCGAUGACAUACCACACUCUACAGCAUGGUGAACAUAAGUCUUCGAGAUGUUGUUUUAGUUAACCUUGGAUUCCUCAUGUGCAGUCACUGUCUUUCCAUGCUUAUUCCUCUUUCUCAGGCUCAAAGAACGACAAAUACACAUUGGGCGAAUCGACUUAGUUUGAGCGAACUGCGAUCGUGCGAAUCGACCUUCUGGAGAAACGACCCGAUACGGGAAAUAAUGGAUUGGCCUUCCAGGGCCCCAAUUACAGGCCGUUUUUGAGUGGAUCUAUCUACAUUUUGAAUAUCAAUAAAUAUUGUCAAAUUAAGAAAAAGUCUUGGAAGAAGAAAAGAAGCUAUUGUACUAGUUGACAUGGCAUCUUUGUUCUCUGUACUGCAGGGCCGGCCAGGAUGGCACGUAGAAUGCUCAGUUAUGGCGAGGUUUGUACAUCCUCUGUUUGUUAUUUAUUUAUCCCUUUCCUUGUUUUUUUUUUUUGGAAAAACAGCUUCCCAACUUAAAGCGGUGGUCUUGAUGCAAGUACUCAAAGAUCACCUACUCAGCGUAGGAAUAUAAUUUAUAAGCCUGUUGGACGAUAUUCAUUGACCUAAAAUUGCUUUAAUUUCUAUUGUGUAUCCUCCUGUGACGCUUGUUUGCAAGUAAACAGCUCUUUCAGUCUUAGAUGUUUUUCACGUGUAUUCCUCAUAAAGUAGGGUCCAUAUUAUCAAGUAUUCUCUUUAGAGGUGGUGGAUGUGUAGGGGGGUUUACGGUCACCUCGCCACCACAUAAUAUCUCUGAAAUAAUUGACACUGUUUACUUACCUGGGAUUGUUACUUAAUUCUUCCUCAAGACCAUGUACAAGUUUAUAGAUUUUAACUGACACCUUGCGUUGAACCUCUCAUCUUUAGUUUUAUUAUUGGUGAAUAAUUGCGACUUUUUAAUACCUUAAUAUGGCUUAUUUGCAUCGCUCGAGAAGUGCGAUUUGUUGAAAAUCCAACAGCCUUUCUUAUGAUAGUUGGUUAAUAUUGUCACUUGAACCCCCUACCUCCUUAAAUUUCAUUGUAAAUUUAAAGUGAAAGAAUUCUUCUUAGAGACUUGUCCUUUUGAUAAGUAUUAAGAUAUAUAUUUCUUGGUAGCAAGAUGGUGAUAGUAAGGUGGCGAGGUGACCGCGGAUACCUGUAGGGGCAGGAAACGACUCAAUCUUUUUUAGGAAAGGGGGGCCCCUUUGUGUCCGGGACCUUCUGUUUGCUUCUGAUAUAAUUACUUAAUUUUUUGUUUUUUAAAUUUUUGUUGUAGCGCAAUAUUAGGUAACUCAAUUGACAUUCAUACCGGAGGAGUGGAUUUGAAAUUUCCACAUCAUGACAAUGAACUUGCACAAUCUGAGGUUAGUCGAAAAGCUAAAUGCAUCACACUGUAUAAGCUACAUAACGUAAACACCUCUUGCUGUAGGCUCUUAAGGACGUGAUCCGCAAAUUUACAUUGCACAGCAUAGCAAAAUAGCACACUAUGGGAAGAUUUUUUUCGUGCAUGACUCCAUAUUUAGGUGAAUGGUUGUUAGCAGCACACUGAACAUCAAAUCUGCAGGUCGAUGGUUUCAGAUGUUGCGUAAGAAACACUUGUGGACGCAAAACCACGACGACAAACCAGUGAGGGUCCACCGGAUCUUUUGGAUCAGUAAAAUCUUCAUUACCAAAUUUUAAAAUUACAACAGUAAACCCAAUCCUUACGGCAGGAAAGUGAAAAAAAAUGGUGAACUUUAUUUUCCCCAUAUUUCGGUUUGCAACACAAACCUUCAACGGGGGCUAUAAAAGCAAAAUGAAUAUAGAUACAAGAUGAACGUUACAUAUGCGAGAUUCGAAUACAUAGCAAACAGAAAAACGAUAGAUCUUCGCCCUUAUCGCCAAGUUGUCUCUCUUAACAAAGGUCUUCACCAGACAUUGCCUCUAACUACACAGAAGAAAGAGGUGAACUAGGUACAAUACGUUUGUUGUUUCCUUGUGAUGAAUAGCUAAUAUCCCUAGGAUUCACCAAUACUCCUAGUUGCUAAAUAUGCCACAGAUAACUUGUUAACCUUGGGCUGCAUGGGAUUCCUGUGUCUCACGCCAAUGAUUAAAGUUUAAAAUUCUAGUGAAAUUAGGAACUGAUUUUAAACGCAAAAUAAUUUUUUGUAGGCCCAUUACGGUGUGUGCCAGUGGAUUCAUUACUUCUUACAUGCUGGACAUUUGACCAUAGAGGGAUGCAAAAUGUCCAAAUCUCUGAAAAACUUCAUCACAAUCAAGGUAUGCCUAAUGACUGUUCAGUCAAGAAUUCUCUCUUGGUUCAGUGUUCAAGCGGUGAGUUGUUUGUUGGUCGUUAUUGGCCCUAAGGUUAAAAAUGACAAUAAAAAAAAAAAAGAAAGAAAAGAAAAAAACUGAGAAGAAGAAUUUAAGAUAAAGUAUACAAGUAAGUAGACCAUUGUCUGUGCAACCUAGGCGAACCGCAGCUCCAGGUCAAAACUCUAUGAAUCGCGAUCCAUAGCGAAGGUUACCAAAUCGUGAGACGCCUGCGUGGCAAACGUUUGAAUGGAGAGGGAAAGGCGUAGUGUACAUGGAAGGCGCGCUAGGGAAGGAAGACGGGCGCGGGAGAGAAGCCACGUGCCCAUCGCAUUCUUGUGCGCAUUUGCCUGCGAGCAAGUUGUCCAUUUCGGGGAUAUCGUGAGUGGUCACGCGCGAGAUUAAAGGAGACACAAGAGCGAGGGGCGGCAAAAGAAAGGCCUCUCUCUCGUGGAUUCUCUCACAGCUCGCUUUGCUUGCCACUCGAAAUGGAGAGCUUGCUCACAGCUAUCCUUUUCCUUCCCGUUCAAACGCUUGUCGUGCAGGCUACAUUGUGAGGAAAAGGGUUAAAUAAGCCCUUAGUCAGAGUCUUUUUGGGAUGCCCGACUGUGUAACUUAUACCUUGCGAUCCUGUGAGAGCACCAUUUUUCGCCUUCAAUUAGGAAACGGAGUUGUGGUUCUAGUAUACCACAUGUAUCUCUUUUUUUUUAAAUCUCAAACACUGUAAAAUGUUGUUAUUUUUUCCAGGACGCUUUGAAGAGGAAUUCAGCACGGCAAAUUAGAUUUGCUUUUCUGCUUCAUGCGUGGAAUGCCACUUUGGAUUACAGCGAAAAUGUGUUACGAGAAGCGGAACAAACGGACAAGCUGUUUAACGUAAGAUUAAAUUUUUGCCAUGACAGUACUCCUUGGGAACGGCUCAAAAAAUUCCUUCCAACCAAUGUUAUAAGCUCCUUGGCAGCAGAGGAGUCGUGUUUCAUCUUGAUCCUAGUUUAAUUCGCGGUUCGACCUAACAAACAAACGUGACCGAUGAUAGAGUCAUGAAGUCUUGGUUCAAGUCUCGACAGAUAAUCGUCGAGUCUGGGUAGGAACGAUUGUCGCCCGAAAAGUGAUGUCGGAAAGCGGAGAUUUCCGGAUGAGACACGAAGUAAGCAAACGAAGAUUACAAAGAGCUCACGAUAUCUCCUCUUUCGCUGUCAUUGCUUUCUUUUUCGUUCCCAGGGCUGUGUUCCUUUUGGCCAGCACCAUGGAUCGAGGGCUACGGCUGAAGCCGAAGCUGCGGAAGUCCGCACAAAUCACGGACUUCCGUCUGUCUAUACAGCCCCAGAAAUUUGAAACAAUAAAGGUUAUCAGAGGUUACAAAAAUGGGAAACUAGUGCGCUUGUGUGCUGUUCUGGUCCCAUUCAGAGCUCUCAAUCCGUCGCGCUGGCCAAAAGGGUGGCAGCUCGGGAGAGGAGAAUGUCAUUGCUUUCAAAUUAAAAGGGACAAUCGUUGCAAGAAAUCGCUGGCAUUACAAACGCAGCCGUUUCUACUGAUUCCAUUCCAUAAUCACAGAAUUGCUUCGUAAAAACUUGAACUGUACGAUUGGUACAGCUGCACCGUUAAUUUAACUGGAAUUAAACUGGAAUCAAGGUUAAACAUGACCCCAUUACUCCGUAAUGGUAAGAUCUGGGUCUGGAAAGUGCCCAAUCAGUUGUCAAAUUUCAUUUUCAAUAAUAGUUGUGCAAGUGAAGAAAAUAUUCAUUAAAAAGUAAAGCAUGAACAAAAGUGCCGUGUUUUAAAUGGAGCUCUGGCUUUCCAAACGUUUCGGGCCUGGGGCCCGUUUCUCGAAAGUCCCGAUAAUUAACGGGCCCGGUAAGCUGUCUCUGUUUACAUUAAAGAUCGAGGUUUAAAUAGUUUUGCAUCUAACAUGAUAAAACUGUCAGUUAAUGAAACAAAAUGGAGUAGUUUGCUAGCCAGGACCCGCGCUCUUAUUCUUUAUAUUUCGAUUUGAAUAUUUCAUUUCGGGCCCGUAAAGUCACCGGGACUUUCGAGAAACGGGCCCCUGGCCCUUCAUCAGUUACCCUGCGAGCCGAAGCCCAUUGAUCUUAUCCGGAAGAUCGAGGGGCCGCAGAACCGGUGCCACGCCAUGAAUUAAAAACUAAAACCUUGUUACAACACAGCUAAUAGCUGUGCAGCUGAAUUAAACCUCGUUUUUGCGCCGUUACGUUCAUUCAGACAUUCCUUUGUUCGUGCUUUUCCUUCGCGCAUGCAUUAUAUUUUUUGGCUGCCUUAUGUCCAUUCAUUCACACUUUCUUUCGUCCGUCUUGUGCGUCGUUUCUUUUAUUUCCAGAUAUGGUAUUUGUAUUUUUCUAUGUUACUUUUAUUCACUGAUUUUGUCAUCUGGACUCUUUUAUCUUUCUACGUAAUUUAACACUUAGACGAAAAUGUUUUCAGUUUUGUUUUCUCCUUUGUUUUAGGAUUUUUUCUUAAAUGUGAAAGAUAUUCUUCGAAAACCCGAAGACAUGUCGCCGUCAGCUCACAACUAUCAUGAUUUGGAACAAGAUCUUCAAGAAAAGUGAGAUUCAAUCUCUUACUCUUUUUCGGAUCAGUAUAAGAUUCUAAGAAACUGCCUACCUACCCCUCCCCAAACUCAAAGUUGACCGCCACUUACUCCUCUGUAAGGCAAAACGUUUGACUGGGGGAGGGGUAAGUGGGCAGUUUACCAGAAUCUCAUACGAAUCCCCCGUUUUGCUAUCUCUAUCUUUCUCCAUAUCAACAGUGUUCAUUUAUCUGACGAAUAAUUUUAUUUUUAGAUUCCUUGCUAAGAAAUCAGUGGUCCACGAAGCUUUGUGUGGUACGUUCCGUAGGCUCGUGAUUCAAAGAGUCUAAAUUAAAAACUAAACUAAACUAACGUUAUCGAUACAGGAUUGACAGUUCAAAGAACUGAUUAAACUUUGGUCCUUUAAGUGUCCCCAACUAAAUAGAAACACAUAUCCAAUCAACUUGGAAAUUGGAAUGUUGGUUUUUCUUAGGAGAGGGGAAAACCGGAGUACCCGGAGGAAAACCCUGGGAGCAGAGUAGAAAACUAUACAACUAACUCAAGCCUCAUAUGGCGUCAACACCGGGAUUUUGAACCCGCCGGGCUACAUGGGUUGGGGGCAAAUGCUCUCACCACUGCGUCAUCGCUGUUGCCCUAGGGAGUGAUGGACCGAGAACAUCCUUGUUUUAUAAACACCCGGAUCUGUUUUGUCUCCUUUGUUGACCCCAAGGGCUCGUGAUCCUGGAGCAUUCAUCGUGCACAGCGCGCUUGCCUUUCACUGUCCAUUUUUAGAGUUCUUUGCCCGCCAAAUUCGCUGUGCUGAGUUAAAUUGCACUGGAAAACAAAGACAUAGGGUAAUUUUGAAGGUGAAGUAAAGUAGAAAGCCGUCUUGAGUAAUAAAUAAGCAUGUUAAGCUUUUCCUUAGCUGUAUUGCUGUAGCCGGUUUUUAUUGGCCCCUGUUUCAGUUAGUCAGUGUUAGUUGUACCGUCAUUGACAAUUAGAAUAUGACUUUACUUGAAUAUGACAGUGAUGAAAGAUAUGUUUGCAUCGUCAGAUUCGAUCGAUACACCUUCGGCUUUGCGGCACAUGCAAGAUCUGGUGAAACAAGCGAACAUCUACAUCAGCACCAAAAAAGACAAAAAGGAAUCGCCAAACCAUCAACUAAUCGAGGGAAUUGCCAAGUAUCUUACCCGCAUGCUUAAGGUUCGUCUGUAAAUCACUACACUAUGUAGCGAAAAUAUCAAGAACCCUCACCAAAAGUUUUCAGAUUUUGCUCCCGAAAAAUUCUUAGUCUGUGUGACAGGCACCUGUUGGUUUUUUGGUUAAUGUUUAUGGAGCGCGCGCGUGUCCUCGAAAUAUCUCCUUUUGCCCGAAACAAAACUGGCACGUGCAACGCAAGCUAGAAAAUUUUAAAUGGCGGCUGUUAGCAGACGACGUGCUGUGCUUUACGAAGAAAGAAUUAUGGGGCCAAAAGCUCUGCAGGGUGAAAUAGCAACGAAAAAGUAGAGUCGUGCCUCCAUGUCCGACCACAUCUCGUAAACCACUACCUUCCAUUAGUGACGGAGAUCACUUUUAGGUCUGAUGAUUUCAUACUUUUUUCAGUUUGUUUUUAACCACUUGUAAGCCAGCCUCGUUUCCAGAGUGAGUUCUCUCGCACGCCGUCGCUACAGAGCGAGACGGGUAGGUUAGAGAACCUGGGGACGAGGUUACUUUUAAGAGGCCACUUAACCAUGGUGUGGUCUCAACCUCGCUCCGUAGGGACGGGUGGGAGAGAACCCUGGGAACAAGGUUGGGUGUGGUCUCUUUUGUUUUCGUAUGUGCUAGGCAACCAGCGUAUACGACGAAAUUUAAGUGACAACAUGGAACUGCACGUAUAGUUACGUAAGUUAAAAAUUGCACGCAAUACAUUCUCUGCUAAAAGAGAGAAAUGUCGGGACCUCUUGUCGAAAAAGAUUUCCUGUGUUUCGAUUCUCGUAAGCAACCACCUCCCUUAGCAACCACAAAGUCCUCGUAUUUUGGGUGGUUGCUUUACUCGCUAGAGGUUCAACUGUUGUACCCUUCAAAGUUAUUGCAGGAGAGUUUAUAUUUGAAUGGUUACCAUUGUAGAAUUUCUGUCAGAGGCUCUUAAGUGAGAACUUCAUUACUUGUUUCUCUAAUGUACUCUAUGUGCAGGGAGUUAUACAAGUGUCUUUGGACAACCUUACUGUAUCUUAAUUAACGAUCUUUUCAUUUCGUGUUUUUUUCAUAACUACAGGUGUUCGGAGCUAUUGACGAAGAUCAAGCCCUAGGAUUUCCUGUAGCCGGCAAAAAUGCUGCAGCAAAUGUAAGAUACGAGUUAAAGUUUAUUUUUCAGUUAAUAAAAAAACAAAAACAUUUUGCAGUUUUUUAAUGGCGUCAUGCACGCUAUUUGCUACCUUUUUCAAAAGCUAAAACUGAGUUGUCUUCGCAUUAUUUUAAUUUCAAAGAUAAUGAUCCAGUUUUGUUAUUUAAGACCAUAUGUAGGCAUAUGUAAGCAGUCUUAUUUAGUCCUGUCAUGGUAAGGAUAGACAAGGGGUGGGUAACUUUUUCAAGUGUUAAUGCUCUAUGCCUGUAAAAAUCACCAAAGAAAUUAUUAUGGUUAGUGCUCCCUGAUUAGUUAUAGUUAUUCCUUCCCUCUAACGGGGCAUUUUGUUUACGGGUAUAAAGGCAUUAACUAAUGACUUUACCACCGAGUUGACCUAAAACAGAAAUUUCCUCGUAACAGCUGUUGCGAUUCAAUUUUAUAAUUAUCCUUGGUUUAAAUUUUGUUAUCUUUUGUUUCAAACUCAUUAUGAUACAUUACCGUAUCCAAAAACAAAAGAAAAUAUGAUUUAAACCAAGGAAAGAAAUUGAACCACAACAUAGCCCCUUUAAAGACGUUUCUCCUUUAAAAAACAAACAUCAGCGUCUCGGGUUUUUUUUUUCCUGCUUUUUUCCAGUUCGAGGAAGUAGCGAUGCCUUAUGUUCAAUUACUUGCUGAUUUUAGAGACGAAGUUCGGAACGUUGCUCGAGAAGAGAAAGGUAAUGCUAAACUUUUUAUCCCUUUGUUUGUCCUCUUACUGCCACACUCAGAACUUUUUAAAAAGACACUGCUACUUUUUCAUUUCCAGUGACAAGAAUCCUUGACGCUUGCGACGAGUUAAGAGAUGUCAGUUUGCCUGAGCUAGGAGUAAAGCUGGAAGACGUUGAAGGUAAAUAUCAAUAAUUUGUCUUCUUUCCUCUUUUUCCGUUUGUGCGCACAUCAUUUCUCUCUUCGCUUUCCUUCCUCCACCGAGAGGUCCUGGUAUUCAAAAUGCACUCUCUUCUCAAAAUAAACAAUUCACUGCACUUUUUUGAGAUGAGGUCUUAACAUCCAUCUAAACAAUCCGGGUAUUUUAAACAAAAUUGGCCGCGGUAUAUUUCUGUAGCGUACCUAUUAAAACUUAUUUCAGUUAGUGUGUAAAAAGAUACUUUUCUUCUCAAGUACAGAGUGAUUUUACGUGAUCCGUGAAACAGAAAAUAACAACUUGUGCAACACAGCUACAAGUUAAGAAAAGGAAGUCAGUGGAAUUAGCCGUGCAUGAUAGUUACAACCUUUACGUAGAAGGUUGUAAUCACCUGUAUUUUGUCUGUUGUAUCUGUCACUCUGCUAGGAGGCCACGCUCCUGUGAUAAAGUUCGUUGACAAAGAAACAUUGUUGAAAGAAAAACAACAGCAGCUAGAGGUAAGCCAUGAAAUUGGUUUGUAUAUUAAGCAGUACUUUCUACUUGUUUUGUAAUUAAAGCUGUUUUCAACUCAGUUUGGAAUAUAAUCACUUGAAUACUUAGAUUUCUCAUUAUGGCUCUUGGGUUUCUGUAUUUUACGCUCUUUGAUUGGCUAAAAGAUCUCGUGUGAUUUUUUUCAACCAACCAGAAGCAAAGUCAAAUCCAAUAGACCUUUCCCGCAUUACGCUCCAGUAAGCACACACAAAGAAAUGAGGACGAGGCUCGGGUGGACAAUUUCAUACAAAUCACUGUAUUUUGUCCACCCGAGCCUCGAGUUGGUGCCUUUGUUUACAGGAAUGCAGGAAAGAUCUAUGGUUUCUUGCUGGUACGCGUUUUCCCGCCCUUAGCCCUGGGCUACGUCAUAGGUUUCGAGAGCUAAUUGGUUAAUUUGAUUUUGAGUGCGUGUUGGUAUUUGUAAGGUAAAUUACUUUAGUUUUAGGGCCAUGUAUACGAGUAAAAUAAGAUGCGUUUCACAUAAAACGUAACGCGUGAACUUCUCUAAUAAAUAGCACAUUUGGUCUGAAAUAAGACGCGUCUAAUAGAAAACCGCCCGUAACACCUGAUCUUAGAUAGGAUGCGUUUUUAAACCUCGUAUAAAUGACUUUCGCGUCUUAGAUAAGAUGCGAACGCGCAAUGAUACUCAUUCGAUGUUCUAAGACGCGCCUAGAUUAUCCUGGAUUGCAGUUGCUAAUGGCAACAUGAGGCCCCGUUCAAACGUCGAACUUUACAUGUGCCGAACCUAAUUAUUAGGUUCGGCACAUGUAAAGUUCGACGUAUAAAUCAUUUUAGAACGGCGCUUUUGUAUUUGGGUCGACUCUGCCGCUCUAUUCGACUGAGCUUGUCGAAUAGAACGGCAAAAGGUCGACUUCGAUUCAUACGUCGUACUUCACAUGUGCCGUACCUGAUGCGUAAAUUAUGUUAACCUUUUUUUUUUCAAUAUAACCGCGCUUCUGAUUGGCUUUUUAGUGGGUUUUCGCGCCUGUGCUGACAGAACUCACAGAAGCGUAACAACGGUUACCGUCUGGUUACCAGCAUUCACGUUGUAGAUUUUUAGACUGAAACUGGACAGCUAAAAACGGUCUUCUAAAAAGUUGCUUUUCUUUAUAUCUAUAAAGAAAUCGUAAUGUAAUUUAAAAUUUAUUGCGUUACUUUAUUUGGUCCAAAUGUCACGAUCACGAUCUCCUCAGCUGUCUCCUUGCCAUAACAGAGCACAAAUCGCACUAAAAUUAAAACAAGAAUUUUCCAGGCUUAGUGAAUUUUACUUUUUUCAGUUUAUUUCCCUAUUUUAAGCAGUAAGGACGUUCGCGCUGUUUCAAAUUUCAUGGCUCUUCCAUCUCGUUCAAUUUGUCAAAUGUUGAGGAGUUUUUCUGGAGUGGAAUUCUAAAGCACUUUAUCUAAGUUCAGAAAAAGAAAAAAAUUUUUUGUGUGUGUCCACGUCCUCCAUAAAACGUGAAAUCAGGAAGUUUCACGUCGCAGUCGUGCAUUGACUGGAAAGAAAUGUACAAAAAAGCGUGAUGCACGCGCAAAGUUGUUGUUUUGCCAGUCUAAACCAGUCGUUUUUUUGCCGUUCUCGUUGCCGUCGCCAUCGUCGCUGCUUUAAGUCCGUGCGAGAAAUGAGACACGAACCAUUUAUACCAACUGUUCACUCAUCAUAUCAGUGGUACACGACGAGUCCGAUGUAAGACACGUCUUAUUUUUCCCGGCGUGUAAAUGACCCUAUUAUUCUUCUUUGUUUUCAGGAGCAAGAAAAGAAAAAGAAGCAAAAAGAAGAAGCUAAGAAAAAGCUUGACGCGGAAAAGGUAGAGAUCUUUGACGUAUGCUUGUGGUUACUAAGCCAGGCUGAAGAACUCAGUUUUUGUCACAGUGAACAAGACGGUCCAACCUUGAUGCCAAGAUUCAGUCGUUGCUUUCGAGAGUCGAACCGAGAGUCUGCAAGUCUGCCAAUCUAAAAAUAUCUAGUUUACUAUGACCAACACAUUACUUACAAAGAACCAACGUUCACCAUUAGAACGCUUAUCGUAGGCAAAGAUCUUUAGAGCAUAUCAAACCGUUUCCCCUAAAGAUAAUUGCGGUCGCCUACGAGAGGCUUCUAACUAAAGCGCUUCAGUAACUGGGGAGAGUUUGCUGUUUUUGAUAGGUAAUGUCCAACGAGAGCUGGUGGCACGUGAAAGUUUGAAUCUAGUUUUUCAUCAGUUUACUUUCUAAAACUGAACUUUCGCUUCCCUUUUCUUCACCGAAAUGCACCAGACUCGGUCAUCCCUUGUGCCGAGCCUGCAGCCUUACUGCUACCUCAAGGCUUCCAAAAGUAACCAUUCGAUUUAGCGUUGUUUCUUGGCGAUAAUGUUUCAGACGUCACUUUCCUUUCUUUUUCAGGCGGCAAAAGCAGCUAAAGCUAAGAUUCCACCGUGGGAAAUGUUUAAACAUGAAACAGACAAGUAUUCAAAAUUUGAUGAACAGGUCAGUAUGUUUACAAUACAUAACGCACCUCCCCGGCAAGUACAAUAAAUUGAGUCAUUAAAACAAUUUCUUUUCUUGGUUAGCAAUUUAAGUUAUGUUGCUUUGUUAAGAGUUCCAUAAGCACUUUCCGCUGCGUGCAACGACGGCGACGGCUUCAAAAAUGUCAUUUAAAAAGUACAUUCACGCUGCUUCAAACUUUACCGCGUUUAUUCCAUCUCGUUCAGUUCGGCAAAUAACGGCGAAUUAUUCUGGUGUUGAAUUCUAAAGGAGUGUAUCGAAGUUCUGACAAAGAACUAGAGAAAAUUGUUGUCAUGUGCCUUCACGUUCUCCAUGAAACGUGAAAAUAGGAAGUUUCACGUUAUGGUCGCGCAACGACGGCAAAGAAAUGUACAAAAAAGCGUGCUCCACGUGCAAAGUUGUAGUUUUGCCGAUCUAAACCAAGAUUAUGACUCUUGUCUAAACCUAAUGCUUUUUUUGCCGUUCUCGUUGCCGUCGCCGUUAUCGUUGCUUAAGCUCCUUACUGAAGACAAUGAGGAUACACAAUUUUGAGGGCAAUGUGAAAAUGGGGAAUUUCGAAAAAUUCCACUGUAGUAAAAAGUCAAUUUCGUCAUUAUUUGUAUCAGGGUGUUCCAACUCAUGACCAAGCAGGUGAACCACUGAGUGGCAAACAGAUCAAGAAACUGAAAAAGUUGUAUCAGCAACAAGAAAAACUUUAUAAUUCUUCAUCAGCUUCUGUGGCCAGUCAAGCAACCAAUGAUUCAGAAGAGCAGCAAAGUGAACGUUGA